UAAAACCACAGAGCGGAGCGGCGCCUGCGCUGACUAGUCCUCAGGGCUCCUCCUCCUCCUCCUGCUCCUCUUCUUAGGGAAGAUAGACCGACCAGCUGCUGUCGGGGGGCACACGGAUAUAACACUACACGGCGAACGUAAUGUGGGCUGAAAAACUGGGGAAACAGCUGGGCAACCCAACACGAUCAGUUGCAGGGUGGCUGGUCAGUAAGUUGCUCACAGUGCGCAACCAGGUCCUUGAGGAGAAUGCCGUGCAGCUGUGUGGGAUCCAACCUGGGGACACAGUGCUGGAAGUGGGUCACGGCCCAGGUCUGGGUCUGCAGUCAGCAGCCAAACUGCUAAAGGAGCCCGAAGGCCGGCUUAUAGGGGUGGAUUACUCAGAGUACAUGCAUCAGAUGGCAAGUGAGAGAGUGAAGGAACUUGUGGCAAGUGGGAAAGUGACACUACACCACUGUGAUGUAGCAGCAAUGCCUCUAGCAGACAGCACUGUGGAUAAAGUCUUUCACUGUAACUGCUACUACUUCUGGCCUGACCUGAGGAAGGGAGCUUCAGAGAUACACCGGGUAAUGAAACCAGGAGGCCUGAUGGUGACCACACUGAGGCUGUACCAUGUGGCUACUAUGGCAGCAAAGCGAGUGAUGCCAGGGGAGAACUGGCGCCCGGAGGCCUACAUGGCCGCUCUGAGAGACUCUGGCUUCACUGAAGUCAGAAUAGAGGACAAACGGCACAAAUACAUUACUUUUCAGGCUAUCUAUGCCACUGCUGUAAAAUGAGAUUGUGUGUAUUCUACCCAACCGCUGUGAUUGUGAGGUUUUGUAAGAUUACAUUGUUUUGUUUUUCAUGGUGUACCUUUUCAAGAUGGAAAAAACUGUGAUUUAUCAUAAUAAUAAAGAAAUACAUAAACUGUA